AUUUGCAUCAAUGAAGAUACUGCCCUCGGGUAGCAAAUCCUGUAAAGACUCAACUAUUAAUUCUCUAAGCAGAUGUGAAAAAUCAGAAAAAACUCGAAUUAAAAAUAAAGAUAAACCUAAAAUUGAAAAUAUCAAAAUAGACACAGUUGAAAAUAAAACAUUAAAAACCACAAAUUGGGAAGGAAUGGGUCCAAAACUUUUUAAAUUUUUAUUAAAUAUAUGCAUGCUGGCAUUGAUAAUUUUGCCAGUCUUUUCUGAAAAUAUUUCUUAUACACCCAAACACCAAUGA